AUGGCCGAGUACCGGGCUGUCACGACGGUACUGGUGAUGUACCACCUGUUGGAGUGCGAGGUGACCGGACGCGCGCCCCUCGGCCCACUGUCGCGGCACCGCGUCGUGGUGACGACACAAGGCUCCGUGCGGGGGUACUUCGCCCCCCGCCCGCCACACUACUCAUACCUCGGCCUGCCCUACGCCCGCCCGCCCACGCAUUACGACAGGUUUAAGGCUCCUGAGCCGCCUCCACGGUGGAGCGGUAUCUUUGAGGCCAUCCACCGUGUCAAGUGCCCCCAACCAGACGGCUCCGGCGAUGAGAACUGUCUGGUGGUGAACGUGUUCACACCGGAAGACGCGGAGACAGCUCCCGUCAUAGUUCACAUACACGAUGGAGGCUUCCAGAGCGGGUGGGGGACGUUUACCGCUCCAACGAGGUUUUUGGAACAGGGAUUUGUUUUUAUUUCUCUAAAUUAUCGUAUAGGAGCGCUCGGGUUCCUAAGUCUUGGAAUAGAAGACGUUCCUGGAAACGCGGGAAUCAAAGACCAGGUGGCGGCACUCUACUGGAUUCAUAGAAAUGUGGAAAAAUUCGGAGGCGACUCUUCCGAUAUCACGGUGUACGGAACCGGUUCAGGAGCCGUCUCCAUUGAAAUUAUUCUCAUGUCUGGUUUAACCGAAAAUCUCUUCCAAAAAGUUAUACUAGAAUCGGGAUCCAUUUUAUCGCCAUCUUCACUAACUCGUGACCCUGUCUUACUCGCUUUUGAUUUUGCCAAAUCUACAGGAUACAAAGGCGAUUCAAAUCCGCAGCCUUUACGAGAAUAUUACUAUGACGUUCCGGUUAAGAUUCUAACUAAUACUUCUAGAAUAUUCCGACCAUGUAUAGAAAGAACUGUGGCGGAAUACCAUAACCUGCUGGAGAGAGAUCCGAGAGAUGUAUUGAGAGAAGGUAAAUAUCAACAUGUUCCCUUGAUGAUAGUUUACACACAAGCGGAAGAAGUUGACAUUAUAUUACAUGAUCCUGAAACAUUUCAAUCAAUCAUAGACAAUAUGGAAGACUUACUUCCCGCCAAUUUAAUAUUUGAUAGCAGUGAAGUUAAAGACAAAAUAAUUAAGUUGAUAAAGAAGUUUUAUUUUGAUGACAUAGACACGGCCAGCGGCAUCACCCACAGCCUCGCUGAUUAUAUUAAUGAUGUGUUUCUGGAAUACCCCGUCGCUAAGUCCGUUACUUAUUAUGCAAACAGAAACACCUACCCAGUAUAUCUGAUGAAGUUUGCCGAUCUUCACACGAGACUCAAAGACCACAGAUAUGUUGGUACCAAUAAAUACAAUGACAUCUUGAGGUAUAUUACUUCCGACAGAUUAGAGGACUCUGAAGACCUUCAAGCACAGAAGUUGGUGAUGUUGUGGACUAAUUUUAUAAAUGUUGGGGAUCCCACUCCAUUAACUUCACCACUGCUGCCAGUCAUUUGGCAGCCGGUUCAAGUCCAUGAGAUCCAUGGACAAAUUGCUGUACAGAAAAUUCCAUGUCUUCAGUUUGAUGAAACCUUCACUAAUAUUUUAUUAUCGGGAAAACAUUUAAAGUUCUGGGACAGUAUUUAUGAUAAGUUCUACAGAACAACUACUGAAAAAUGUAAUUAAGUAACUUCUUACAAUUAUUUUUAUGUUGGCAUGUAGUGAGUUAUAACAAUUAGUUAAGUUGGUAAGGGUUAUAAUAAACGUAUUAUAUUCCUAAGAAUUAAUAUUAAAUAUUAAAUAAUACAAUAUUUGUAAUUUAAGCACUUUGAAGGACUUAUUUUUACUAUAUGUAACUGAGAUUUUAAGCUUCUGUAAGUACUUGAGAACUUAUAUGGCAAAAAGGUGCGAAAAUUGCGUUCUAUACAAAUAUAUAUUCUUUAAUACCUUCGAUGACAAAAACAAUUGCAACGUGUCGGUAUAAAGCAUUACCUAACAAUUUAAUGAAUUAAAUUAAUAUUAUUAUACCAAUUCUCGACAUAAUUUCAUGCAGUAUCAUAAUGACUUAAAGAUUUAAUAAAUUGGUGGCAAGAAAACAUGUAAUCGUCGUCAAAGAUUUACCGUUACCUGAUCAAUCACGUCCAAAUACGUAGAGUAAAAGACAAACUCGGAACACACUCACAACACUACAGCAUAUUUAUCUAACUAAUAUUAAAAACAGUUACACUUAUUUAUUAUAUUAUUUAAGUAAUAAAAAUCAACAAGUUUUAUACAAAAGACAAAACAUGAACCACCCGUCACAUUUCUCUUCACUGACAACUCAAGAAAUGACGUGAGACUAUGUUACGUUCUGUAACAAGCAGAAUAAUAGAAAUUUGUUUGUAGGAAGAUAAUUCUAAGGCACUUAUUAAUUUAUUUUUAAACAAGGUAAGACAACUAAAGGUACGCUGAAUAUCACAACCGUUAAACUUUCCUUUUCUUUGCAUGGUUUAAGAAAAACUAAUAAUUUAAAGUUGAACCUAGCUUGAUGUCAUAAAUUGCGUCCUCUAAGGUUCAAUCACAUUUUCAAUGAAUGUCGAAAAUUCGUCUAAAAUUCUGUGAAUCGUUUUCCAUACAAAUUUCGAUAUUCAUUUAUGUUAUUUAAUAUGAGAUUGUAAGUAGUUUGUCAAUAAGGAAUGUUUAACUUAGUGUAACUUUGUCGGUUGUGUUGAUUAUCUUAGUAUGAGUAAUAAAAAAAAAUGUGAAUUAUUUGACUUAUCAGUAAGUAUACUAAAAUCCACAUUUAUGUAGUGGAUAUAUGAAAGUAAGUGAAUUUGUCCAAGUUAAAUAAAAAAGACUAAAUUUAAGUUUAUAAAUUUAUUUAAUACAAUAAAAAUACUUUUUCUUAUAAUAUCUAUAGAUAGCAAAUAUCACAAGUUUACACAUUUUAUUUUAUUUUUUAAAAAUAUUUAUUGCAGCUAAAACAUUUCAAAUUUUAAUAAAAAUAAUAAAUUAACAAAAUCUUCAAAAACUUGUAGUGUCAUAAUGUUUUAUCCUAUGUCGGUCGUACAUUUGAAAAAAAAAUAUUCCUUGUACUGGUUCGCAAAAUGGCCGCUAAUAAAUGAGCAAUUAUGAAUAAAAGGUAUAAAACAAAAUCCAAUAAAAAUAUAUAUUAAAAAAGUACUAGCCUCUACAAGGAAUGUUAAAAUAAAGGCAUCAUAUUAAUAUCAUCUAACAUUGUAGUCCACAUUUUGUAAAAACAGGAAUUAUUUAUUAGAACAUACAUAGUGAUAUGAUUACAACGUGGCAAGAUUGGUACAGAUUUUAUUCUUUACAGUAAUUCCUAUACGUUCUUAUAAGAGCUAACUAAAUACUUUAAAGUCAUAUAAACUUUUGUAAUUCUUUUGAAAUAUAAAAUGAAUCAUAUUUUCGAUGCACAAAUAAUUAUAAGUGGUUUGCACGCCAUCUCCUGUCAUUACGAUCAAUUAGUAAUAUAUAAGGUUCAGUUUCUGCAAUAGAUGGCGUUAUUUACAAUCUUUUAAAUGUUUGGUGAACCAGUGUUCAUUUAUUAUACAUUAUUUACAAACAGCUUAUAACUUUGAGUU